CAACACCAUGGUGCACUGGACAGCCGAGGAGAAGCAGCUCAUCACUGGCGUCUGGAGCAAGGUCGAUGUGGCCACCACUGGUGCCGAGGCCCUGGCCAGGCUGCUGAUCGUCUACCCCUGGACCCAGAGGUUCUUCGCUAACUUCGGGAACCUCUCCAGCCCCACUGCCAUCAUGGGCAACCCCAUGGUCCGCGCCCACGGCAAGAAAGUGCUCACCUCCUUCGGGGAAGCCGUCAAGAACCUGGACAACAUCAAGAAAUGUUUUGCUCAGCUGAGCAAACUCCACUGCGACAAGCUGCAUGUGGACCCCGAGAACUUCAGGCUCCUGGGUGACAUCCUGAUCAUCGUCCUGGCUGCCCAUUUCAGCAAGGACUUCACUCCCGCCUGCCAGGCUGCCUGGCAGAAGAUGGUCCGUGUGGUGGCCCAUGCGCUGGCCCACGAGUACCACUGA